AUGGGGCAACGCGGCGCCAAGACUCUCCAGUUCCUUAGCAGUUUUAAGGUGAGGGGGAAGCACGCUGAACAUUUGCGCUAGACAGACAACUGAACUACAAGACAGAAAGGAGUUUGAGGUGCUGAAAAGAUGUCGAGACGGACUCUAUCUCGUAUAUCUGGAGAGAGGGAAGAGGAGCGUGGAUCAACCAGAGGCGACAAAGAUGUAUGGCUCAACUGUUCACAACUUCUGCUUUAAGCUAUCUGGAAUGACUCGCUUUUUACAAGUCGCGUGAAUAACUUUUAACAAACCGAACCUCAGAGAACAAGUUGUUCCGGGAUGCCAGACAAUAUCGCUUUUCUGACGAACAGCACAGAUUUGGGGCACGUCGGUCGCGCGUUGGGUUCGAGCGCGCGUCCCGCCUGGGCAAUAGCGGUGCUGGCCAGCGUGCUGAUCUUCACCACUGUGGUGGAUGUUUUGGGUAACCUGUUAGUCAUAAUUUCGGUGUUCAGGAAUCGGAAACUGAGAAAUGCUGGCAAUGUGUUUGUUGUCAGUUUGGCCUUCGCUGACCUGGUGGUGGCUUUCUAUCCUUACCCGCUGGUCUUGUACGCAAUCUUCCAUGACGGCUGGUCUCUGGGGGAAACCCAGUGUAAAGUCAGCGGAUUCCUAAUGGGCCUGAGUGUGAUCGGCUCAGUUUUCAACAUCACUGGCAUCGCCAUCAACCGUUACUGCUACAUCUGUCACAGUUUUGCCUACGGACGUCUCUACAGCUUCCGUAACACGCUGCUGUUAGUGGCCCUGAUCUGGGUGCUCACUGUGCUCGCCAUUCUUCCCAACUUCUUUGUGGGUUCACUGAGUUAUGACCCUCGCGUUUACUCCUGCACCUUCACGCAGACCGCCAGCAGCUCGUACACUGUGGUGGUGGUGGUGGUUCACUUCCUGGUGCCCAUCGCGGUGGUGACUUUCUGCUACCUGAGGAUUUGGGUUCUGGUGAUACAGGUGAGGAGGAAGGUGAAGAGCGAGGAACGCUCGAGGGUGAGACCCAGCGACCUGCGCAACUUCGUCACCAUGUUCGUGGUGUUCGUUUUAUUUGCAAUCUGCUGGGCUCCACUCAAUCUAAUCGGUCUCGUGGUGGCCAUCGAUCCAGAGGUCAUGGCUCCACGUAUUCCAGAGUGGCUCUUUGUGGUCAGCUACUUUAUGGCCUAUUUCAACAGUUGCCUCAAUGCCGUCAUUUAUGGACUCCUCAAUCGGAACUUCCGAAAGGAGUACAUGCGGAUCCUGACGUCGGUUUGGAUUCCUCGGAGGUUUGUGACUGAGACCUCCAAGGCUGCAACAGAUGGGAUGAGGAGCAAACCCUCACCAGCCAUCAAUAACAAUGAGUGACUUUUUUUUCUUCAGCCAAUCACUGUUCAGAAGGAAACGUCAAGGAUGCAUGAAGCAAAUUUCUAUGCUUUGAACUGUGAACACUUGACUUUUAUAUGUGCAACUCAGGGUGCUUGUUCUAUUUUCAACCUUGGCUCAUUGUAAAUUUGUGAGUGCCUAAAUUUCUGCAAAACCUGAAACAUGUUGCUUUGGGUACAUUUCACUGAAUUUUUUCAGGUAACAUGUCUACAAGCAGUGCUAUAACCAUUUCUUUUUUUCCCCCCAUUGGAGAUGCAGGUUAAUUAAACAGUACAUCACCAUGAAAAUGACAUUCUUGAGGCUACAAAAUAGUUGCAAAAUGAUUUUGCAUUGCUUGUAGCAAGUUUUUCAGCAGUUUCAAAGCAAAAUAGUCUGUCUAGCAAGUUUUAUUUUCUCUGAAACACUGAACAUAAAUAACCUAAUGCUUUAUUACAUUGUUUGUAGCAUGGCAAUUUAGAAAUUAAAUGUCAGGUGAGUGGCGCAAAAUUGCUUCAUUGCAUUUGAAAUGAAUAUACCACCUAAACUAAACCCUACCGAUAAUGUUAAGAAAAGCAAAUGUGAGAAAAACACAUUUGCUGAAGCAAACCUUACAUUUUAGCUUUAAAGCUUUGAGCUCUUUUGUGGAGUGUCAUGACUUGUGUUUUACAGGAUACCCUGCAUCACAAAUGCAAUGCUAUACCAGGUGAGCUACUGAGCAAGUCAAGCAAUUCAAAUGGAGCAAAUUAUGUCAUGUAUAUGAUAAAACAUAUUAGUUUACAAAUCACGCAGUAUGACAGAAGUAUUUUGAGGCCAUUGCAUAGUAUUGUGGAAGGAACCAUGCAAAAACAAGCUAUUUAUUCAUCAAUAAUCUGUCCCAUAAUCAUAACUUGUGUAAAAAGAAAAGAAAGGUGUUGUUUUACUGUCUCUAGUGUUCAUUUCAUCUGGAAAAUGCAGUGAAUCAUGUUAUGAACAGAUGCAUUCAUUUAGGAACGUAGGCAGUUACAGUACAUAUUUCCAGUGAGCCUUGGUUGUUUAUUUUUGAUGUUGUGAUCCAUUUCAGAACUCUAUUAUUAUUAAUAAGAAAUAUUUAACUCACCAUUUAUAUUGAAAGUUAAAUGAACUAAUUUUAAAUCCAUUUAUUUAUGGACUGUUUAUGAUCCAUGACUAUUUAUUGAAGACAUUUUGUAAAAUUUUGUGGGUCUGUUGUAUAUGUUGUAUAAAUAAGUAUGUAUCACAUAUUUGUUGUUUUCAAUUCAGAACUUCUGCCUUACACUUGAACAUUCACGUGAAUUAUAUAUAAAAAAAAUCCAUAUAUUUAAUCAAGGUGCCAAAUGUUAAUGCUUUGACAGAAAGUAUCUGAUAUACCAAAUCAGUUUGUCAUAUCAAACCAAAUAAAAUUGUGAGAGCAUCCUAAUUUAAAUGUAACGUCAACACAGCUUUGGUGAGCGAAGAGCUUCCAGCACAUCAAGAUAAAGCACAAUCUUUAAAAAAAAAAAGCACUUCAUGCGGAUUUAGCUUUUUCAAAGUGAACGGUGACAGCGUGCGGUCAGUCAGUUAUCAGUUUCAAUCUGUGUUCCCCUCUUAUCUUUCAAACAUUAAAUGUCAUUCAUGACUUACUCUGCCAGGAAAUGUGCAUGAUUCUUAAACUAUAUAUCUUCUUCAACAAAUGAUCUGCGAGUAAAACGCAGCAGGAAUUCUGAUUAAGAUAAAGGUUACUGGCAAAAGGGAAAGUAUUAACGAGACCUGAUUUGAAUGUAUUAUUGUUAUCUGUGCUUGUUUUCACUUGAUUUGACAAUGUGCGAUUUAAUCCUCCCGCCAUAAUAAAAUGUUCCAUGCAGCGUGA